UGCAGAUUUCAAACUGAACGCAUAAGAAUGAAAAUGCUCUGUUCUUUUGGCCUUGAAGUCCAUGUAAUGUUUUACAGUCGGGUGUUUCUCACAAUUGCUUACUCAGUUAUGGCUGUAACAGCGACGUUACUGAAUAUCAUGGUUUUAGUAACACUUUGGAAGACACCUUGUCUUCAAAGACCAUCACAAGUUCUCCUAGCAAAUCUCGCCUUCACAGACCUUUUGACAGCAGCAAUCUUUUGCCCAAUUCUAGCAUUUUCGAAUGUAGCAGUAAUUAAGCAGUGGCAAAGUAUUUUUUGCGAUGUCUGGCUCAUUACUGCACCGUUUGUUGUUUGCUUCGGUGGAAUGAAUCUUUAUACUUUAACAGUAGUUGGAAUAGAUCGUUUCCUUGCUAUCAAAAAAAAAUUCUCAUAUCGGACGAUUGUAACAAACAGACGCACCAUGAAAAUCUUGAUGGCCGGCUGGUUCAUAGAUAUAGCUUUACAAGGCAUCUUCAUAUUCCUGUUUUACAAAAGUGCCGUAUCACUACGAUCAUACAUCACAGUUGCAGCCGUGUUUAUAGCGUUGCUGCUUUGCAUUCUGACGACAUUCUAUUCGAUGGCUUUCUACCAUCUAAAGAAAGUAUCUUCACGAGUAUCUAUGGGGAACACAAACGAACCGACGGCUCCCAAUGAAGCGCCAAAGUUUGAUGUGACCAAAUAUCGAAGAACUUUUAAAACUAUCAUUAUUGUUGUUGCUGCUGUUUUUCUUUGCUAUUCGCCAUAUGCAUGUAUUCUAACUUUAAAAACGAUGAUACCGAACGAAUCAGUAAUGGAGAAUUGGAUUCAGUUUGGUCAAAUACUUAUGAUAGGUCGUUCUGUUAUCAAUCCCCUGAUAUAUUUAUGGCGCAUGGAAGAUCUUAGGCAAUCGGCUAGGUCUGUGAUUAAUAGACACUUUUAAGAGUCUAUCCUCAUUAACGUAGAAUAUUAGGUGAAAAAUCUGAAAUUUAUUAUAACGAAAGCAUUAAAAAUACGAUGAACCCAUUAAUUACAGAAGCAUUACGUCUUGUGUGUUAUCUAUUGACAGAACUAUUUGCAUUUCAAUAUUGGGACUUCUAGCUAAUCGACGCAGAGAAAUUUUAAGACUGAAGUAGGAACGAAAUGUUUAAUAUCAUGUAAGAACGAUUCUAAAGCCUCGGCGUUCCUAAAAGUUGGCAAGAUCGAAAGAAAUAAAAGAUCUCAAAUAUAAAUACCGAAAUAAAGCUAAACAACCUCUUGAA